CAAAUGCCCAUAUACAGAUUUGGUAAUGGUAAUAGCAAUUCGUUUCACAGCUAGUAUUCUAUAAAUUCUAUCCUGUCGAGAUGCCCCGUAACGAGGCAGGCAAUGAUUUUAUCUAACCUUUAUGUCAACAGCAGAACUUUUUUACGCACGUCAACAGCAACACACCCGGUAGUUGGUGACGAGGCUUUAGAUGAAUGUGUAGGUGAUAUUCGUGGUGAUGACUCAGACUUAGAAGAGCCCACGUUACCAGAAUAUGACCCAGAGGACGACAGUGAUUCUGAUGAAGAACUUGAAGAUGCACCAAUUGAAGCUGGGGAAUAUUUUACUGCCAGAGAUGGUAAUGUUUGGUCUUCGAUACAACCACAACCUGUAAGAUUCCGUACGCACAACAUUCUAAGAAGUGCACAAUCUGUACCAGUACGGGCAACGCAAGGUUUGACCAUUUCAGAAACGUUCAAACUGAUAAUGUCAGACGAAAUAUGCGACAUAAUUUUUCGUGAAUCAAAUCGAAAGGCAAGGCAAUUCUUUUAUGAUGACAAUGCAAAACAUCCAACAAGAGAACCGAGAUCAUGGAUUUCCAUAACAGAAAGUGAAUUUGAUGCAUAUUUGGGCAUACUUUUGCUAAGUGGCGUUACACAUUCUGGUUACGUGCAUACGAAAGAUUUUUGGAAUACUAAAUCACAUCCAUUAUAUCGUGCUGCAAUGAGUGUACGACGAUUUUGGGAAAUUAGCCGCUUCAUUCGUUUUGAUAAUGGAAACACACGCCAGCAACGCAAACAAACAGACAAAGCAGCAGCAAUAUCGGACGUUUUUUUGAUGCUAAACAGCUGUCUUCGUAGAUAUUACGUGGCAGAAGCCAACGUCACCGUAGUUGAACAAUUGUAUGCUUAUCGUGGUGGAACUGGCUUCACGCAAUACAUACCAUCAAAACCUGCCAAAUAUGUGAUAAAAGUGUGGUGGGUGUGCGACUCCAUUUCGUCCUAUCCAUUGGACAAAUCUAUACAGGAAUAGCACCGUCUGGUGAACGUGAAAGAAACGUUGAUGAAAGAAUAGUCAAAGAUUUAUGUAUCAACCUUUUUGAUGAAAGUGGAAGAAAUAUUGUAUGUGACAACUUUUUCACUAGCUACAACUUGGCAAAAUCUUUGAUGAUAGACAAUAAUUUAUCCAUCGCCAUCGAAGCCAUGAUAGGUAGGCCCAUCCGAGUUGUGGAUGAUGGAGCACAUGGAGCGGAGUACGGGACGCCAAAAAGUAAAGGAGAAUUGCUACAUCUGCUCCAAACGACGCCCUACUCGUCAUGCACAUUAUGCAACAAACCAGUGUGCGCAGAGCAUUCCAAAGACUUGCCGCAAUGCGAUAGAUGUAAUUGAAUUUCAAUAAUUUUAAAUUUUUUUGUAGUUUUUUUUAAUAUUUUUUUAUAAGUAUUUUAUAAUUUAUAAUAAUUUUUAUGCCAUAAGUAUUUUUUUCACUCAAAAUAAACUAUAUUUUUCAAAUAUUAUCAUAUUUGCAUGCGUUUUACUAUACAUAUGGUAUGGUAUACCCAGGUAUGUAUGCUGUUGACGUAAGGGUGCAACUUUGUAAAUGGGCUUUAUCUUCCAAACGGAUGAUCCAA